CGUGAAUCGACGCGUCCGUUCGAUAAUUGUAAAUUCGAUGUCGCGGCUUCCUGUUUCGCCUCUGUGCAACCGAUCGGAGCCGCCGGUUAACGCGAGAAUUAACAACUGCGUCGUCGAUUAUCGACGAUGUCUACUGAUGAGUGCACAGCGCACUCAGGGCGAAAUUUCGAAUUUUUUCGCUCGUAUGUGAUUCGCGUGAUACGCGCGCUUCAGUCGACGGCUUUCUGUUGGCGUGGAAUUUAAACAAAAUCGUCGAGUGCCGGCGAUGAGGAAAUAAUAAAGUGCGUUGAGUCACAAUUGAUGCGCGUUUUAACGAUGUGAGUGCUCGCCAGCGCGAAAUCAAGUGAUAUUUGGUGUUUACGCAUUGUGAUCAGUCUGGUUCUAUAGGAAAUGUGUCAGCGAGAAAUGGUUUUCUUCAUUAAACGUGAAAGUAAAUGCCGAUCUGUAGCAACUACGACUGCAGCGUGAAUUCGUCACUCGUUACACUAGAAACAAUAAACCAAGAACGGAUAGUGUAUGUGUAUGUAUGUGUAGUGUAUGUGUGUGCAUACAAAAUGCAAGGAUAACGGCAUUGCAAAACAACUGCGUCGCUCUCAUUGCGAUUCACAAACACUAAGAACGCAGCGGAAUCCGUCGAAAGAAACGCGAGGGGAAAAUGCUGAUCGCCAGUGCGUCUAAUAGCCAAACAAUCGCUCCAUCGUCAUCCGUGAAAUUACGGAGGUCCCGGCGAUUGUCGUCCACCAGAGGAUUAAGACAGCGAGCCAUCGCGAAUCCCCCGAAGGAUCCUCUUGCUCGCCAAGACGUCAAUCAGAAACUCGGUGCCACGAGCAAGAAUGUCGACGAAAGCAACAGCGCGGACAGACUGCUGAUAAACUGGGAGGUGAACGAAAGAAUCAGCCUGAGCAGCGGCUCCAGCACAGGACUGGCGGUGCGUCCCGACACCAAGAGAGGCAUCGAGUUUAGCGAGAAUCGCCGGAGGACGGUUGAGAGCAGAUCGAAAGUCGGCGAAUGCUCGGAACCGAGUCGCGCAGCCAAGUUCUCGUCAUCGUCGUCGGCCAAGCCGGCGUUGCAGCUGAUGAACGUGUCCGGGUUUCCCACGAACAUCGACCGAAAGCAUCGCGGCUCCUGGUCGGCCGAGACCGACACGACGGACGAGAACGUGAUCAAGAGCGACUCGAAGUAUGAGAUCGGCAUACCCAGCCGCAGCUUCGCGACGAGGAAGCAACGGCAACAGGAUACGCUCAGGAAGGUGGACGCCGACACGACGAGGAGAUGGACGAAAAACAAGUCCGGCGACUCCAUCUCGAAACGGCUGGAGUUGAUUCACGAGCUCAAUCAGAAGAUCUUGGCCAACUACGAGAGGUUCCAACAGAGGUCGAGGCGCGCCAAAGACGCGAAGGAGCAGGCCGUCAAGAGCCGCGCCAAGGAAACCGGCCCCGAAGAACACGUCUACACGGAGAUCAAGAGGAAGAACAAAACGACGUGUAGAACGAGCGAUCGGAAGGGCCAGAAGAUCCCUAGGCAGGAUACUCUUCAACAGAAUACCUCCAGGAGAGAUUCUUCUAAGCAGGAUAUCUCCAGGCAGAUUGAUAUCGGUAAAUUUACCUUCUCGAGGGACCACCGCGAGAGGAUCGGUGCCAAGAACGGCUCAGAGAAGAAGGAGUCGUUGAGAGUCACAAACAAACUUGAUCGCAGAAUUAUUUGCGAGAAUACGAAUUUUAGCCUGGCGGUUAAGGACGAUUUCCGCUAUGAGACGAGCGACGAAAACACGAGGUUAUCGACGUGUACGAAAUCCAAGGAGAAGAAAGGCCGGCAGAAAGGAGAAGAAAGGACGGAGGGAAGCUCGAUUUUCUACACGAAGGAGGACCCACCGGCGUCGAUCGAGGUGAGAUCAAUCUCGUCUGAAAAUUGUUUGGAGAACUCCAGAUUGUAUCCCGCGAUCCGCUGCAAUUCGAGCAACGAUGAGCCAAGGAGGGAGGACGACGAGAGCAGCGCGAAGGAGAAUGCAAAGGAUUACGCCUCAGAGAUUGAUCGACUCGAUCCGCGAGAAGAUGCUGGAUCACGCGCCACGCCGGCCGACGCCGUCGUCUCGGACGAGAAGAUCCUGGAGUGCAGGAUCCUCGAGAACCUGGACGAGACGAUCGGCAAAUUCGAUAGCGAAAGGACGCAGCUGACAUCGGGGGAUAGCAAUGAGGAGAAGGACAGCUUUAGUACGGAUUCUAUACAGAGUUGCAGCCCCUCGAGCACGAAAGGCUCCAAGGACGCUCACCUCUUGGAUACCUUCAAUUCCUCCUGGGACUCCGGGGUCGGGGUGGACGUCGGCAACGGAAGCGGGUGGGUGAGGAUACACACGGGGAUCGAGAGCAGUCUCGUAUAUCUUACCUUGGACACCACAGCUAAGGACGUCUGCAGAGACAUGCUGCUGGGAGACGACUUGUCUCUGUUUGUCCAGUAUGGCGGCGAGCCAGGCAGGAGGUUGGCGCUCCAGGAGAAGCCGCUGGAGAUUCAGGAUCAAUUUCUUCAAAGGCUCGGCUACCAGGAAGUGUCCCGGCGCGCUCGUCUGGGAGUUGAUCCCGAGCUCAGAUAUCUCGUCGGCUUUCACGUAGGACCCGCAUCACCGCUGCUGGAUCUCGCGGGAUACAGCCGUUGCGGCUACACCUUGGUAUUGAAGGGGUUGGUUUUUCCCCAGUGGAAGCGACGACCUCUGGCCGUCAUCGGCUCCAGGCUCUUCCUUUAUCCGGCUUGCCCGGAAUCGCGAGCGGAAUGGAUGGAACUGGGCGGCGGAGGUGGCGCAGUGUGCUAUGCGCCGUCACGUCUGGGCAAACUCGUUUUGCGUGUCACCGGGUUUCCCAGGGUCACUCAACAGUGCCAUAUGAGCCAACACCCGGAGGAGAGUCACCAUCGCGAUACCAGGCAUCUGUAUCUGGGCUUUCAUCAUCCCUGGGAUCGGGAUCUCUGGAAGAGCUGGAUCAAAGAGGCCACACAAUUGUCGUCAUGCCCGAAAAAAUUGGACCUCAGCAAAGGGGGUCUGUCGAGAAUUCCCGACAGCGCAAUCGCUUUUCCGGCAAUAGAAGAGUUCGCGUUAGGAUACAAUCACCUCACCAACGUCGACAACAACCUGAAGCUUCUGCACAGGUUCCCAAAACUUCGUGCCGUCCAUCUGGAGAGCAACGAUCUCCGGAGGAUCCCGCGGGAGCUGCUGGAGCUGCCGGCGUUGACCUAUCUUAAUCUCUCGGACAACAAGAUCGAGAUAAUUCCGCCUGACGUCUGCCAGCUGGUCAACCUGAAAGAGCUAAUCCUUGACCGUAAUGGCAUCAAGGACCUGCCGGAGGAAGUGACACGACUGAGAAAUCUGAGAAAUAUUUCUCUCGUCGGAAAUCUACUUAGCACCGCACCAUCCUUUUUCAACAUGCGAGCUCUCGCUUUGACGGAAGUUUUAUCGAAGGGAGACCACAGUAAAUCCUACAAGGAUGAAAAAAACAACCAUAGUAACUUGCAUAAAAUCAACUUGAGGAACAAUCAGCUGAAGGGAAACAUAAUUCUGGGAAAUUAUGGCAAUUUGACACAUCUGGACGUCAGCGAAAACAGCAUUGAAAAAUUGGAUAUCAGCGCUUUGCAAGAGCUAAGGAGCGUCCGCUGCGCGCGAAAUCACCUGACCGAAUUAACUCUUUGCGGUCGAAAUCUCGUGUCACUCAUCGCUGGAAACAAUAAAUUGAAGAAGCUAACCGUGGAACCUGUGCCAAUUAAUCUGGAGCAUCUGGAUGUUUCCUACAACAAUUUAGACGCACUGCCUGAAUGGACGACCGAAUUGCCAGCGUUGCGUGUCCUUUUCGCGUCGCAUAACACUCUGACGGCCCUUCCGGACCGACUGUUGUCGCAACCAUCGAGACUGGAAGUUCUUCAUCUGCCUCACAAUCGAUUGCAAGCGCUGCCACCGCCUAGGAGGCCGCUAAACAUCGUACAUUUAACUCUUCAGGGCAAUAUGUUAACCACGCUGCCCACCAGCUUCUUCGCGAACACCGAAAAAAUGAAAGUUUUGAAUCUCUCCAACAAUCGACUCUCCGAGCUUCCAUACCGCGAGGAAGCCGGCAGAACUCACCAGGGAUCCCAUACCUUAGAGAAAUUGUACGUCACGGCAAACUGCCUGACCGAUACCGCCCUAGACGCUCUGGCAAAGUUCACGUCUUUGAGAGUUCUUCAUAUUGCUUAUAACACUUUAGACACGCUUCCAGAAAGUUGCAUUGCCGCGUGGAGCGAUUUGGAAGAAUUAGUGUUGUCCGGUAACCGAUUGCAGUACCUUCCGGACAACGUGGCCAAUCUGCGACAUUUGCGCGUACUGCGCGUGCAUUCUAAUCGACUCUUAACGUGUCCCACUUUCAGCAAAACGGCAUCCUUGAAGGUGCUAGAUUUAGCACACAACCAAUUGGACAGAGUAAACCUGGCUACUCUGGUGCCACCGCAGCUUCAAUUUCUCGACAUAUCUUGUAACUCACGAUUACACGUGGACCCUCGACAGUUUCAAGUAUACAGAUCACAAAGGCCGAUAUCUUUAGUGGAUGUAUCUGGACAAAACAGACCUAGUUUACCGUCUCAUCCGCAUCAGCAGGAAAUCGUCACGGCAGAAAAGAAUGCCGAACAACCGUGGCGAUUAGGCUUUUCAGAAACUGCCGGCUCACGCGAAAAGCUAUACAUCUCCCAAGUGAGAAUGCCGUCCUUCUGUAACGUCGAGGGCUUGUUCGGCAUAUUCGACGGCGGUUCCAAUCAAGAAGCGCCCAGCGCUCUUCAAGAGAUGAUUCCCCGUCUCCUAUUGGAGGAACGCACGGUUAGAGAAACCUCAAAAGAAUACCUAAAAUAUACUUUGUUGUCGGCGCACAGAGAACUGAAAGAAAAGGGCCAAAAAUAUGGUAUAGACGUGACUCUGGUUCAUGUGAUAAAGUUACCAUCGCAGCAAGGAUAUCCGAAACCCUCGACCAAGUACUCUUUGAAAGUGGCUUCCUCCGGAGAUGCCAAAGCUGUCCUAUGCAGAGCCGCUGGCCCCUUGACUCUCGCCUCAUCUAAGAAAUCUCAAUCAAUCAAGAAUCAAUUAGGUAACGCCGCCAUGUUCCCAAUGGUGGUUCCUGAUCCGGUGUUCGAGGAGGUAACACUUGAAGACGACGACGAGUUUGUCAUAGUCGCGAAUCGAAGGUUAUGGGAAGUUCUGAGCGUCCAAGAAGCCGUGAGGGAAGCUAGAGCCGAGGCCAGUCCUGUCUUAGCAGCCAAAAGGCUUCAGGAUUUAGCACAGGCUUACGGUGCGGAAGACAAUCUGAGCAUUAUCGUUGUCAGAUUGGCCGGGCCCAACCCGGGAGAUAUGGAUCAGCUCAUGCGAGAACUUAGGCACGCCGUUGGCAAGAACAGAGGCCAGACCGAUGGCGUAUGUCCUUGUCCUUGUUGCGUGCCGCCCGCGGCGCACAAGCCACCGGGGGCCUGCUGUUGUCACGCGAGCGAAGGCUAUUAUCUUAAUGGUGUAUUAAAAAAUAUAGUGAACAGAUCCAGUAAAGUUCACAGUGGUUCCGGAAGAUACUUCAAGAAUUCGAGAUCGACGCAGGAGAACGAGAGUCCUCCGUAUAGAGACGAUCGUAGCUCACCGAGUGGACAAUCCGAUCAAGCCAGCGACAGCACAUUCAAGUCUCGCCAUCCAUCAGGAAGGAUGUGGUCCGCGAGUGCGGCUUCCCGAGCCACGAGCAAGGCACACCAGAGCGUUCUCAUGCAAGAGAACGGCACACGAAAAGUAACACCUUGCCUGCCUACGCAGGAAGAUGCUGUGUCGGAAAGAUCCGGCGCUCUCAGCGAGGAGCAGUUUCGCUGUUGGGAAUACAUGCUCGAGCAAAACACUCAAUUAUUGUUCGACAAAGAAUUGGACACACUGACGAAAACGCCGUUGCACCGAGGCCAGUCGAGGUCGACUCCACAAUUAGGUGGCAAUUUGCCUUUUCUGUCGAAAAGGUUCGGCAGUGCCAGGUCCUUCAAUCCUUCGUUACCGCGGCCGCCGGUUGUUCGUUUCGGUAGCGGACGAAGGUUGCUGAACGGUGGACCGAACGCUGCAUACUUUGGCAGUCUUCAAAGACUGAUGCCGUACAAUCUGGAAUACGACUUCGCUGUCAUCCAGGAGAGAGGCAUGGACUCGUUGGAGCAAGACGCCACAAGAAUGCAGCAAUAUUGGGGUGUCGCUACCACCGAAUUAUAAAUUAAGACUCGAUGACAUGAAUAACGCAGAAAUGCAGACUGAAAAGUUGAAAUAUUCCACAACGCAGAUCUGAGAGGGUUUAAUAAUAUUCUAUUGUCAUUGUAAGUGCGACAAUUUAUUCAUAGUUUGAUCAUAUCUUGGGGAUGAGAAACGUAAAUUAUAUAACAUAUAUAUUUUAUAUCAUGGUCAUACGAUAUAAAAUAUUUUACAUAAUUACGAGAUUAAAGUAGUAAAAAGUCGACGAGCAAAACCAUUUGUUAAAUUACACCGUUGUACCUGAAUUAGCAUAAAUUUCUUUUCAACGUUGUAAUCCAUUAAUCGGAGCAGUUUAUCGCGGAAAGUUUUAACGGUGCCAGGUAAUUGCAGCUUUGUAGUCUAAUUAUCAUUGUAAUGCGACAGAGUAAUCAUUAGAAUACACACGACGGGGCGAAGAGCUCCGUCGUCAACAAACGUGCGCAAUCGUAUUAAUGAUAUCGAUCGCGCUGAUAACAAUGGCACAAUGCAAGAUAAGCUGUGAAAUUCUUCGAACCUACUGCUACCAAAGGCAAACGGGAUUUAUACCGCCGCUUCGCUCGUUUAUUGCAACUGAUUCGCGUACAAUAAAGAGACUGAAGGAAACCACGACGCGCCUUUACGAUACGCAAAAACACGCUUUAUUUCUUUAUAACGGCAGACACGCGCGGGAGGUAUCGCUUUAUUGCGGAACGAUUUUACGACAGUGACUCCGCGGAGAAUAGACGAGAAGCGAGUGAGAGAUUGAAGAAAAUUUGCUUUGCAGAUCGUUGACGUCUCAGGGAUUGAUUUGAAUGAACACUUCCAUCGGACUCUUUCUCAUCCUCUUUCCGUUAACCGUGUAACCGUUCGAGAAUUCUGCACUUCUGCCUUAUUCGGAAAAAUGGAAUUCAGAAUAUGAAAAAGAAAUAUACAUUCGCGAAAUAUAUUAAGGAAAAAGAAAUAGGAGAAGAGAUAUACAUCCGCAUUCUUUCCUUAUUAUUUCCUCUUAUUAUUGCGUCGAUUACUUUCCUUUAUCUUGCACAGGUCGCAAUUAUACAAUUCGACGGCCCAUAUUUUCACCGCACGUUUGGCGCCAAAUAUCGCCGCUUCCCUAUUUCUUUUUCUUACGCGAUUACAUUGUACAUACAGACUUAUUACGUAAUAAGUGCGAUUUAACAUAUCUCUGCUAGCGUGAUAUAUAACCUACGAUAGUUUAUCUACAAUGCCAAGAAGCACGUGAUACUAUUGGCGUAACGCGCGAAGCGAUCUCGUGCUUUCAACGUUGUGUGUUGCAUGUAAACAUCAUAUACUGAUAUUUCAGUUCGAGAUAUUUCGGUGUCUCCGAUAAAUCGCGUCUUCGUUCGCGAGAUUAUUCUGUGUAUGGACAGCAGAUAUUUAUUAUUAUGGUUUGAAACAAUAUAAAAUCUACAAAAUUCACAUGUGGAAGAAGGAAGCAAAAGUUAGUGAUGUAUAACAAUUGUAUUGGCACUUAAAUUUACAGUCAUGGAAUCUUUGAUUCUAUAAAUCUAGAGAACUCUCGAAAUCUAAUACCGUUGUGUAAGAGUUGACGAGUUAAAAUCGUGUAUCAACAAUCGACAUUUGUUCAUAAAGAAUUGCAUUCGCCUAAAGAAAUGCGGUUGAUCGGAAAUACCGACUAUCAUUUUAUUUAUGAGGGAGAUUAAGUUACAAAGAUAAUCAAAGAGCGCACUUCCGAAGUGACUUCAUUGUUUUUCUAGCCUCACGAUAUGCAGCGCAUUGUUCAGACACAUGCAUGCAUCUUACUUUUCAUUUAAUCGGAAUUGUGCUCCCCGAUUACGAGAAAAAUCACGCGAGGAAAUUAUUUUUUUAUAAAUACAAAGGUGUAUUUUUGUAUUGCCCGAUGUAGUAUAUAGAAUGUGCCCGGAAAGGAUUAUGUUCCAGUGGCAGUCUUACAUUCGCGGUCGAAGUAAGAGGAUUUUUCAAUUUUAAGCCCGCUAAAUACCUGAUAAAUAACUAAAAAGUCGGGUUGCAAAAUUAAAAUCAUUUUACAAUGAUCAAUAUUAUAUAAAAUUAACAAAACCAAUGCUUUCCCGAAUAAUCGAGCAUGAAUCGAUUUAUAGCGCGAGUCUCAUUAAAAAAAAAGUGGAAAAUAAUCCGCGAAUCGUUUCAAAUAUCGGAUGCUGCUGUCGGCACGCAUAUUCUCCGGCGCAUCGCGUAAGAAAAAUUGUACCUGAGACUGGGCCAAAUAUAUAAACCGUCAGAGCGAGCCGUUGUUAUAUAUAAAUAACUAACGCGAAUUAACAACAGGUCGCGAGUAACUAACAAAUGACAAUAUCAACUAAUGAAGAUAUACACUCAGCACUUUUAUACGCGCAUUUGAAAUCUUUCGCGUGCGAAAGUUCAAGUGCGCGAAAUCUCUGCGUGCGAAUUAAAGGCAACGUGUUGAUCUCA